AUGCUGCGAUUACGACCUGUUGCAACGAGCGCUUGCUCCGCUGCCUCUCUACUGCAUCGCUCUGCAGCAUGCUAUCCUAGAAGCGCGAUCCGCUGCUACUCUACAAGCAUUGGCCCAACACAGCUAGUGUCGCUGGAUACUUUGUCCGACAUCGCCAAAACCGAGCAUGGGUCGGCUUCGCCAUAUGAUGAGCACAUUUCGGUGCUGACGCUCAACCGUGCGCCUGCCAAGAAUGCCAUCUCGAAGGCACUUUUGGCGGAGAUGGAUCAACACGUCACGUCGCUGCUCACCUCGUCUACGGUUCGAACGCUGUUGAUCCGCUCUUCCGUGAGCGGAACGUUCUGCGCCGGUGCAGAUCUCAAGGAGCGCAAAGGAAUGUCAAAAGCGGAAGUGGAUGCGUUCUUACUGGGCUUGCGGAAAGUGUUCACCAAUGUGUCACGAUUGCCGAUGCCUACGAUUGCCUGUCUCGAUGGAUUGGCUAUGGGCGGAGGGCUGGAGCUCGCGCUCACGUGUGAUCUGAGGAUUGCCGGACCCGCAGCAACGAGGCUGGGCUUGACCGAGACAAAGCUUGGCAUCAUUCCUGGCGCCGGCGGAACGAGCAGGUUGACCAGAUUGGUGGGAGCUGCUCGUGCAAAAGAGCUCAUCUUCAGUGCCAAACUCGUUGAUGCGGUCGAGGCAAGUCGAAUCGGGUUUGUCGACAUUGUCGCUCAGGAAGGUGACGAUACAGCUGCCUUCAACAAGGGAGUACAGCUUGCAAGAUCGUUCGCUAAGAAUGGACCACUAGCGGUGCGAGCUGCUAAGCUUGCGAUCGACAAGGGCGAACAGAUGGACCCUGAGACGGCGCUUGACUUUGAGCGCCAAUGCUAUGAGACGAUUCUUGGCACCAAGGAUCGUCUGGAAGGGCUCAAAGCGUUUGCUGAAAAGCGGGAGCCCGAGUACCGAGGCGAGUAG